AUGGACAGCGGAGACUUGGAGACUUAUCAAGUCCAGCUCUCCCAAGUUGAACUCGCGCUCUCGACCGACCCAAAGAACCCUGAGCUUUCUUCUCUCCGCUCCGAGCUCAAGGAGCUCAUCGAACUCACACAGGCCGCGAUCGCCCAGCAAGAGGCGGCGGCGUCUUCGUCCAAGACCGACUCGUCACGCAAGCAGGCCGCAGCGGCCACCGCGACGCGCACAUGGUCCGCGGGCGACGAUUGUCUCGCAAAGUACUCGCGUGACGGUGCGUGGUACCCGGCGCGGAUCACGUCCGUGGGCGGGUCGGCGGACAACCGGGCGUACAGCGUGAUGUUCAAGAACUACAACAGCACCGAGCUGGUGAACGCGACGCAGCUGAAGCUGCUGCCGCCGAACUACCAGUCGGCGGGCCCGAGCGCGGCGGGGAAGCGCAAGCUGACCAAGGUGGAGGAGGAAGAGCGCGAGCGGAAGAAGAAGAAGAACGAGAAGAAGCUGGAGGUCAAGGCGGCCAAGGCGAAGGAGCAGACGGAGAAGCAGGCGAGCUGGCAGAAGUUUGCGAAGAAGUCGGAGAAGAAGGGAAUCCAUAUUGCGGGUGUCUCGGGUACGAGCAUAUUCAAGACGCCGGACAAUCCCCUAGGAAGAGUGGGUGUCACCGGAAGUGGGAAGGGAAUGACGGAGGCGGCGCCUCGGCAUAAACACAAGUUCGAGGCUAAAGACGAUGCCACUGCUUGA